CGGGGCUGAGCGGGGACCGGAGAGGCGACACCGGCAUCGCCCCGCGCGUCCGGCCCGGGGUCCCCGCCUGGCCCGGGGGCUCCGGAGCACCGGGACCCCCAGAAUCCCGGGAGUGCAGCGGCUCCGAGAAGCUGCGGACGCCGGGAAGGCUCCGGAGUACCGGGAGCACCGGGAACACCGGGAACACCGGGAGCACCGGGAGCACCGGGUCCACCCACAAAUCUCCGGCUCACGGGGACUCCGGGACCCCCGGGACCCCUCGGAAGGCUCCGAGCUCCGGGAGCGCCGGGAGUCUCCGGAACCCUCUGCACCCCGGAGUCACCGGGACCCCCGGGACCCCCGGGCAUGUUCCGGCGGGACGAGCGGAGCCGCGCCACGGUGGCGCGGGGGUCAGCGCUGGACAUGGAACUGCGCCGGGGCUGCUGCUGCCCCCCGGCCCCGGCCCCGCAGGAGCCGGAGCUGCAGCGGGCCCUGGAGCGGGCCCUGCGGGUGCGGGAGGGCGCGCGGCGGCUGCUCCCCGCCUGCAGCCGGCCCGAGCAGGCGCUGGAGACCACCAAGACCCUGGUGCUGUGCGACGCCAGGGUGGUCGCGGCCGGCGGCGAGCUGCAGCGGCGCCAGGAGGCCCGGCUGAGGGGGGCCCGGCGCCCCUCGGAGGGCGGGCCCGGGGCUGAGCGGGUGCCGUGCCGGGGCACCGUCUGCAUCUCAGAUCUGCGCAUCCCGCUGAUGUGGAAGGACACGGAGUACUUCAGGAACAAGGGGGAGCUGCACCGCUGUGCCGUGUUCCUGCUGCUGCAGGUGGGGGCCGAGAUCCACGACACCCCCACGGUGCUGGUGGACAGGACCCUCACCGACAUCUGCUUCGAGGGAGCCGUGCUCUUCUCGGAGGCGGGCCCCGACUUCGAGCUGCGGCUGGAGCUGUACAGCGCGGGGCUGCCCGGGGGGGCGCAGGGCAGCUCCCCCCGGCGCCUGGCCACCCGCCUGGGCAGCUCGCUGGGCCGCGCCGCGGGCCGCCGGGCACGGGCACACGCCGAGGGGACAGCGGGCAGCCCCCCGGGCACCGCCGCGCUGCUGCCGCCGCCCGGCGUGCCGUGUCCCCGGUUCCAGCUGCUGGCACACACCGUGCUGUCCCUGGCCCAGGUGCACGACGGGUUCCGCACCCACGACCUCGUCAUCGCUGCCGACGAGCAGAGCCCCUGCUGGGUGCCCCUCUAUGGCCGCAUGUGUUGUCGCCUGGCGGCCCGGCCCCGCUGCAUGGACACCCCCGCGGCGACGGGGACACUGCGGCUGCAGGCUCCGGGGGUCUGGGCCAGGCUCCGGGGGCCGAGGGGGCCGGGCGGGGCCCCCCUGUUCUGCGUCCUGCAGGGCCCUGGGCUGCUCUGCUACGGCAGCGCCGGCCAGGCUGAGGCAGGGCAGGAGCCCACCCUGACCAUCGCUGUCACCAAGGACACGCGGGUGCGGGCGCUGGAGGGGGGGUCCCGCGGGCAGCCCCCCGGGGUGGCCGUCACCAACCGGCUGGGCGGGGAGGAGGUGACACACGCGCUGCUGGCCGAGAGCCCCGCCGAGGCACAGCGCUGGCUGCAGGCCUUCGGGCAGCACCUCUGCGACCUGGCCCAGUGGAAGCAGUGCUGUGAGGAGCUGAUGCGGAUCGAGGAGCCCCCCCCGCGCCGCCCCCCGGCCCCGCUGCCCCCCCAGGGCUCUCUGUACCACCAGACGGCUAUUGACCCCUCGGAUGACAUCGCGGCCGUCACCGACAUCCUGGCGGGGCACGGGGGGGCUCCCCGCGGCCCCGCGCCCCCCCCGUGGCUCUCGCUCUUCGAGGGGCCCCCCCUGCGCAGCCCCAGCCCCCCCCGCCGCCGCACCCUGUCCCUGGACGCCCGGCUCGGCACCCUCAAAGGCCGGGGGGGCCCCCCAAAGCCCCCCCAGUCCAGCUCCUCCAGCAGCGGCAGCAGCAGCCCGGGGCCCCCCCGGCGCGACCCCCCCAGAGCCCUCCAGUCCCGGGUGUGACCCCCGGGGAGAAAAGGGGGGAUGGACCCCCCCCAAGGGGGGUUGUGGGGGUGGGGGGGCUCCCUGCUUCUGUUUUUGGGGAGAAACUGGAAUUUGUGCCCUCCCCGUGCUGGGGGGGCUCAGGGCUAAACUCCAAAAAGGGGGGGGGGGGUUUCCUCCCCCCCCACAAAGGUGGGUGCUGGGGACCCCCCCCCACCGCAGGGUGGGUGCUCAGGGUCUAACCCGGGGUGGGGGGGGGACACAGAGCCCCCCCAGCUCUGCUUUCCCUCACCUCUAACCCGGGGGGGACACAGCUCCCCCCCCCAAUUAAUAAUAUUCACUAAUAAUUUGCAUUAAAAUUUAUUUAACA